UCUGACGGGGGAAGGAGUGGAGUCUGGGGCUGAGUCCAUCACUCCUGGACUGACUGAGCUGCCAUGAGCCUCUGAAGCUCAUCCUCCUCUUUGGUGUCUUUUCUUGACAACACAAGCAGCACAACACCUUGGGGCAAAGCUUGUUCAUCAAAGUGGAGGUAAAGGAGAGGCAGCGUGGGAGUGUGUGCGGGUGAUUCGGUUGAGGACAUUACCUCAUGGAGGAUACACGGAGACUGAAGAGGUCUAACAGAGGUAACAGCCCUUGACUCCAUUGCUCUCUGCCGCUUAUCAGAGCAGCUUUUCUGCUCGGGUUCAAAGGGAAGUUUUGACAGCCAGGCUUUACAGCUCCCUGAUCUGUCACUCCUGACAGAAAGAGAAAGAGAGAGAGAGAGAGAAGGAGAGGCAGAGUGACGAAGUGGUGACUUCAUUUUUUCUCCUAACAAGCCCUUCUCUCUCCCCCUCCUUUUCCGAGCUUCCCUUUUCUCUUUUUUUUCCCUCCCAAUACUUCAGCGCAGCACGCUCAGGCAGCAUGCCAGUGUUCAUCUUGCUGCGCUCCCUGGUUAUCAGGCUCCUCAGCAGCAGACUGGCAGGCUCUCUGGCUCAGUUCCUCAGGAGAAGCCUCUCGACAGGCGCUGCCCACCUUGGCACGGCGUUGAGGCACAUCUGGGACCGCGUUCGAUCCCAGGAGUCAAAGGAAGCCGUCCUGGGCUGUGUCCUGUGCAUUCUCAACAUGCACAAGAAGGUGGAGAACUGAUCUCACUCUCUCUUCACUUUCUGAGCAAGAGACUGGACAGCUGCUUAGGGGGACAUAAGUGAGUUUUAUAUUUUUUUUUACCAGGAUGUCUGAGAGUAUUGUAAGGAAGGUGCAGCCCUUCACCAUUGGAACCAGGCUCUCUGUUCCUUCUGUAACUAAAUGCCAGGAGUUUCCACAGACUUAUCUGCCCAGUGAGGCUCUGGAUAAUUGCGUUUUACAGCGCAACCUGAACUCGCUCUACCUCAGCAGAUCCCAGGUCUGUGCACAUGGCUCCCGUCUUGUUUUACCGACCGUCGACCAGGCAGCCCCCGUCAAAAUCCAGCCGGAGCACGUGGCGGCGGAGGACCACCUCAACCAGAACAUCGCCUCUCCCUCUGCCAUCUCCAGAUCCAUCAAGAAGAUCACCAUCUCUGGAAGCAAUGACCAAUCAGACUCCAAGACAGCGCUGGGACCAGUCACAUGCUCCACGUCUGGAAACAACAACAACAAUAACAACAUCAGCAGCAGCAGCAGCAGCAGCAGCAGCAGCAGCAGCAGCAGCAGCAGCAGCAGCACUCCAGAUCAACAUCUGCCAAGAAUUGUGGAAGUUAGCUGCGAAAAUAAACCCAACUCUCAAUUUAAGAUUUCACCACCUGAGCUGCAGAAAAAAGAGUCUCAGAGGAGAGAAAGUCAUCAGCAGGAUGAAGAAGCGCUGGCAGCUGCUAAAUCCCACAGUGAAUGCUUCACUCAGCGAAACUCUCUCUUCAACAAAGAAGCACUGCAGGCAGAAGCGUGGAUGAAAAGCAAACUCCAAGACCUGAAAGACGGAUGUAAUGUUCAGCAUCGCCCCCUGCAUGACUGGGAGGAAGCCUCACAGACGCUUCACAGAGACCUGAAAGACUUUGAAAACACCCUGAUUCAGCUCAACCAGCUGGGUGAACAGCUGAUCUGCAAGUUGAACCCAACGUCCGACCUGGUGAAGAAGCAGCUCAGUCAGCUCAGGGAACAGUGGCAAACCCUGAAGCAGAUGGCCGCAAAUCAGACGCACGCUCUAGGUGGAGCCAGGAGCCUGCAGGAAUUCAACAGGAAGGUGGACAAACUGGAAGCUUGGAUUAAAGAGAAGAAGGAAGAGGAGCAGUCUCUGGUGAGUGUCCUGGGGGAAAAUGUUGACAAAAUGCAGCUCACCAGGAGAAUUCUUGAUCUCAAACAGGAUGAGCAGCUCCACAGAAACCUGCAUGAAGAGAUCAACAACUUGGCCCUGAAGCUGGAGAAACUGGGGAAGGCAGAUGGCAAAAACAUCACCAUCAGGAAGAAACACAUCAAUAAAAUGUGGCUGAAGGUCCAGUCCUACCUGAAAAACUACCAUGAGAACCUUCAAGUCGCGCUGGAGAUGUCGUCAUUUUACCAGCAGGCUGAUAAUACUCUGGAUGCUAUAAACAACAUGCGGAGAAGCAUGUCUGCAUCCAAAGACCUGGACACCUUUGGUGACAGAGAAAUCCGCGACAUUGCCGGUCAAAUCAUGAUGCUGGAUGUCAGCGUGUCUCAGCUGCCCAAACUGCACCCCGGCCUGGCUGCCGGCGUCACAAAGAAGCAGGCCGAGGUGAAAGACUGCUGGGCGCUCCUCCAGACGGAUCUAAGGAGCGACAGGACGACAAACUCCCUCUCCGGCUCCACUUUCACCAGGGAAGAUGCUGACCUCCUGACUCCAGUGCGAGAAGCCCAAUGCAUCAUGGGAUCUGAGACACAUGGGAUCAUGGGAAAAGAGGUGAAGGAGGAGCAGAACCGUCUGAAAGGCAGCAGAAGUAUCGCUGGUGGCCACAGCCAAACUCAGAGCAGCCAACAAGACGACCAACAAUCAGUGAACCACAGUUCUUCACCACAGGGAAAUGACUCACUCAGUGUAAACGAAGCCAUCAGCAGACAUGAACUAAGAAAGUCAAGAGUGGAGCCCAGGCUUCCCGCCGGCCACCGAGGCCACCCACAGCUUCACCUGCAGCUCCAGAAGUUCACUCUGUCUGCUGACAAGACUUUGUCCUGGCUGAAAGACAACGUUUCCGUGGCAACACAGGUGUGUUCGAUGGCGAGCUCCGAGGGACUGGAGGCCGCCAGAAGGUGUCAACAGGCCCUCGAACAAGAAAUCCUCAACAACAGAGCCAGGAUAGAAGUGGUCAAAAGGGAGGGUCACGGGCUGGUCCGUGCACAGCACCCAGGCAGUGCGAGGAUUGAGGAGUUCCUCAGCCAGCUGGAAGUCCUGUGGGAAGAACUGAGGAGGAGGCACCAGAGGAAUGCUGUGUUUCUGCAGGCCUCUGAGAAACUGGGCUUCAGAGUUGUGAAAGUGCUCCAAGCCCUCGGCAGCCUGGAGGCCUGGCUGGAGUCCGUGGAGCUUUCCAUGAAGGCGUCCGCCAUCGCCGGCGACCCCGAAACCAUGAGCCGGGCCGAGAGGGAGAGCUGCCUGCUGGAGAAAGAGGUGGCAGCUCGCAGCGUGGAGCUCAGCGCUCUGAGGCAGGAGGUGGACCGCCUUCAUGGCCAUAGUCACCCCCACACAUGGGGAUUGGCAGCGCGCAUGGAGGAGUUGGAGAGAAAGUAUCAGUGUGUGCUCAGUGCCCUGGUCCUACAGAGCUCAAAGCUGCAGGACACACGCAUGCUGACUGAGUUUCUGGAGCAUUUGGAGCUGGACGAGAGCCAAGAGCUCAUCGGAGGACAAUAUAAUCUUGAUCAGCCUCUACAUAAUGACAUUUCCUCAGUCCCUACGUUACUUGGGCUCCAAAGCAGCGGUGUUGGAGACAAUCAGAUAGAAACUAUGGGUGACCCUGUGGAAGAACUGCAGGAGGCGGUGGAGAUGCUGAACGACACUGUGAGGGAAAGAGGUCGAUCACAAAGCCACGAUCACGCCAUCCAGGAACUGCUCAGCAAGCAUGUCAGCCUUGCGGUGCGCGUGGAGGAGUGUUUGUGCAGCAGCAAGGAGCUGAGCCUGGAGAUCCUGGAGAAGGAGACGGACAUGGCCGUGCAGUGCGAGCCAGACCGCUGCGGCUUCGGGCCGCUCCGGGACAGACUGGGCCACCUGGAGAUUGACUAUGAAAUCAUGAAGGAGGAUGUAAAGAAGAUGGAGAACCAGGCUUUGCGUCUGAAGGAGAUGUGUCCGGAGAAAGCGUACACAUUCGAGGUGAAGACCCAGUCUACGCUGCAGGCCUGGAGUGAACUGGGGAAGAGCGUGAAGGACAACAGAUCACGUCUGCAGGAGUUUGUGGAGCUCCAGUGCUUCUUCAGGAGCUACCUUGCAAUGAUCUCAUGGACUGAAGACACUAGGUCAUGCAUUUUCUCAGACACUGCACUGCACCUCAGGAGAGAAGGACAGCGGCCACUGGCGGCAGAGCUAGACAUCCAAAUCGAGCAAAAGUUUAACGAGUUUGAUAAGCUGGCAGCCAAAGCAAAGACUCUUUUAAACAAAGAACACCACCUCACACAGAUGGUGAAGGAACGCAUGGAGGAACUGAGGAGCAUGCUUGGGUGGAUCUCAGUGCACUGGAGAGCUCAGAAACAACAGUGGCUUCACAAACAGAACAAAGAGGAACCCUCACAUGAUAACAUUUACUCUGAAGCAACAAUAUGGAACUCAUUUAAAGAGAGUUCGGUUGCCGACCCCGAAUUCUUCCAACAAUCACAUGCCAUCAGGACCUCUGAGGACACAACAAAUGCAGCUGAAUGUAAUGAAGAGAGCGAAGGGAAAAUAUCAGAAGAUGGGUAUGAAAUCAUGAACAGGAUCGGCCCACGAGGCGAUUCUCCCAAAGCAAACAUUAUGUUGGUGAAGGAGAGCAGCAGCCCACCUGUUGGGGGCGCUGUAAACCUCAUACUUAGCUUUGGGAACAAUGAGGACAGCCAAGUGCAGGUGCUCGACCUACCUGCUGGGACAGAUGAGAAGUUGAAGGAGACCUCUGAGCCUGUUCACAGGCCCGCUGUGCCUCAGUCUUCUGCCUGUAAAAAGUUUUGGAGGCGUUGCCAGGGGAUUUUGGAAAAUACUUUCGGUAGUUUAAAGCGAAAGAAAAAGAUUUAUCGGCAGAGCGCAGAUGAGGUAAGUACUUACCUGCAUGUUAAGGACAGCACCCUGGCUGUGGCUCCGGUGUACGAGAGUAUCACCCUACCCCGCUUAAAGAGCCGUUCUACAGUCUCGGACUUCCCUACUUUAUGGCCGUCCGCCUCCUCCUCCUGCUCCUCACAAUCUUCCCCUGUGACUGACCCACAAACGACCAACGCCGGCUUCCGCCCCACAACGGGAAGCAGCGGCAGCUCCAUCUUCUGCAGCCUCAAACGGAUGAGCAAGAAGAGGAAAAGGAAGCGAGACGAGCGCAGACACACGAUACAGAGAAUCAUGGAUGUGGAUGAGCAGACCAGUGGGGUGCAGCGGUAUGACUCUGAGACGGUCACGUAUAACACUCAAACAUGGCCGCUGAAGGAGGGUCAGAGGAAGAAGAGCUUACAGAAGAACAGAAAUGUUGCAGGCACUGGGGCUUACAUGAAAAACCCUCUUCUGAAAGACAUUGAUUCAGAGUGUUCAGGAGAAAACAGCAUCACUCCAUACGCCAUAUCAUCCGGACCAACGACUUCUCCAUCAGAGCCUGGGAGAAGCCACUGCAGAGUCCUCUCUUUGGGCUCGGUGUUGAGCUUCGAUCUGCCAAAAGACAUGACCCUCAUCCCCAGCAUUCAGGAAAUCAUCACUAUUGCCCCUCCAGAGUCUAAAAAAGCAGAUGCAACAGAUUCUGACCCUCUUUCUCAAAGAAAAACAGUUCUGAGCUCUUUCAGACAGACCCACAUCCUGGCGGCCAUCACAGGAAGUGAAAAUAGCUCUUCUGAAACACAGGAGUCAAUAGCUGCAGCAAAAGAUCUACCUGAUGAGGAGGUGAGUUUACAACCAUCUUCUCUGGAAGAACCUUGUGCCGGAUCAGAGGAGGAGGACGAAAUCUUGUCAGAUACUAAAUCUACAACAAAUGAAAUCAGUCCACCUUCAAAGCCGCCUAUUUACAUGAACCAAGCCCAUAACUGCUGCUCAGUCCCUCAUAAACAUAAGUGUCUCAGUGUCCAUACGCUCAUACGGGACCUGAAUGGACACCAGUUCCAUAAAUGCACAAAAUCCCAGUGCAAGCAUGAAAACAGUCCUCAGCUGAAAUUAAACCAAGCUUCUCAUGUGAGAGUGAAUCUUAAGUCAACAAUGAGCGUCAGCGUUCGACAGGACUCUGUAGAUUCUGGCAUCUCCACCUCCAGCAGUUUCAAGCUUUGCACCGACGCUUCCUGUCCGGAUCAGCCCCGGCCUAAAGGAGUGGUGGGGAAACUUAUUUCCCUUGAGGUGGGAGGCAUAGACCCGACUGCAACAAAAGAAAACUAUGCCGCAUUCUCAAGUUCAUCCCCAGAAUCCGUGAAUAUCAACACAGAGCCGGUCCAUGUCGACCACCAGCAGUUUGAGGAGGAAGAAGAAGAACUGGAGGACAUCUGGAAACAGAAUACCAACUACAGGCAGAGCAUCUGCUCAGACAUCAUGUACCAGCCCAACCAAACCAGAGAACCACUUUCCAGCUCCCCUCCUGUCACAGAGCCACCUGUUCUCUACAGAAACCUGGUCACUGUCUCAGAACCAAACCUCCUCAUAGCCGAGUUCAAACUCCCCUCCCACAUCCAGAAUUGUCUGGGUUAUGAGAAGUGGCAGAGCUCCAAAGAUCACCUCCUUCCUCUGGCCAUAGCGGACCGGAGGUCCUGGGCUGCGUUUCCCAACAGGGAACCAGCUAGCAAGACUGCAGUGAUGCUGAACGAGACCGCAUCUGAUCCAGUGAAGCUUCCAGAUGUCGGCGACAAUCCGAGAUACGUUUACCAAUACAGAGAGGAGGAAGAGAGGGAAGAGAAGGAGAUGAAGGAAGGAGAGGAGCUAACCAGGUACUCACAGAACCAGUCUAUGAGUCUCCCUUCAGUCAAUAUGGGUUUUAACGAAGCCUGCCAGAAAAAUCUUAAAGACGUAGCAAAGCCUCAAGAACGAAUAGCCACAGGAGGGCGCUGUUUCAUCCUAAGUGGAAAACCAGAGCAUCAGUCUAUGGAGGGAACCCUGGAGAGGAAGCACAAGCUGCAGCUGGGAGGAAAGAAAGCUGCCUCCAGAGCCUGGAACUCCUACCACACUGUCCUAUAUAGACACACCUUGUGCUUCUUCCAGGACAGAAAGGAUACACUGCGCAGCUCUGCAUGCGGUCUACCGCUGAACGUCAUGGGAGCUGAGUGCUCGGCCUCCCCAGACUACACCAAAAAACCCAACUGCUUCCGACUACGGCUCCGUGACGGGUCUGAAUACUUGUUUAAUACCACCUCCCGCUUCUUGAUGAAGAAGUGGAUCAUGAAAAUACAAGCAAGCACAGUUGCGUUUGUAGUGAAUAACUGUGAUGGGACCUUUUCGUCUAUCAAAGGUCAAAGUGAGCUCAUGUCUUCACCAACAAAUGUUCCUGGUGAUCAAGCCUUUCCCAUCUCUUUAUGUCAGGAUCAAACCAGCACACUCUGCCAUUCCCAGCACAAAGUCACCCACACAUUCCCAAGGUUGAAACAGAGCAGCGAUCAAACCAAAGAAAUUGUCGUUCUCACCAGAGAGCAGAGUCACAUGCUCCAGAGCCAAAGAGCGGACGAGAAGUCCAAGACCUCAUCAUUGGAUCCAAGCUACUGUGAUGAUGAUGAUGAUGGUGAUGGGGAUGAAUGCAGCUUAACGCAUCCAGUGACUCACAGACUUUCUGUAGACAACACUUCUCCUUCCUCCUCUCACUCCCCUGCAACCAGCAGCCAGAACUGGCUCAGCAGCAAGCAACGCUCCCACUCUUUUACGUCAGCAACCUACCAGAAGAUUAAACCCAUGCAACACUCUCCUGGAGGAGAAGGGGUGGAAAAAGGAUCCAACUACUGUGUGACUCUGGUGGUCGGGGGCAGUUCGGCAGACAGCUCGUCGAUAAUCAGAGGUCUGGAGCCUCCGGUGCUGCCCUCACCUUCAUGGCAGCCAGACGUGUUUAAGGACUCUGCUCUGAAAAGUUACUCGAGCCUCCCGCGACCUCGCAACAAAUCUGUCUUUAAAAAGUUCUUUGGGAAAAAAGAGCCCUGAGCGUAUACAUGCUGGUUUUUACAUAUAGUUUCUAACGUGCAGUGCACAUUUAAAUAAAAACACACUACUACUGACCAUAUUUAUGAUCAAAACACUUAUCCUAGUUAUAUUUUUGAUGCGUUUGUGAUAAUUCACUACAGAGCCUUAAAAGUCAUUAUAAAUAACCUGUUUUAUGAGUGUCUCUUUUUUGAUCCUUCACUUUUUAAGUCAUUUAAAAACUAACACAACUGCUAACACACUGCAAAGUGUGCACUGUGUAUUUACAGUUCAACUCAGAAGUGUACAUACAGUCAUCACUGACGUGAAUGUCAUAUUAAUUCAGGACAAUAAAGGAUUUCUUUCAACAAUUUAUAUCAAGAUGGAAGGAUAAUGCAGCUUUCAACUUCAGUCAUUUCAGAAAACAAGAGUUGGAUUAAUAACAAGCUUAAACAUUUUCCGCAUUUUUUGUGUAAUCAACAAAAUGUACAUUAUCAAGUAUGGAGGUGGUAGCAUCAUGCAGUGGGUUACUGGACUGCCAAUGGUACUGCUGCGUACUGGAUAGAAAAUUAAAAAAAGAAAAUGUCACCAAAUUCAUUCAUUUCAAGCUCCAAAAUACAUACAAACACCGUUAGCAAUAUUCAGAUGUCAUUAUUAUUAUGGGCAUGAAUGUAAUUAUUUUAGGUCUUUUAUGGAUUUCAGAGUGCAAAUUGAGCUGAUUGUAUCCGUUUUCUGAGCCUCACAAUUAUGCUGAUAAAUGUCGCUCACCAAGUUGCGGAGAAACCACAGACGUCCUCGAAACCCUGAUGUUCGUGGGAGUUAGAGACUGCCGGCGAAAGGCUGAACGUUGCAAACACUUGAUACUCGCUCUAAAACGCUCCUAAAUGCACAUUUUAAUAGAUGAAACACCAAAUGUACCUUAAUAUGGCUUGUUAUGAUCUGUGGAAACCGUCUUUGCACGACUGCAGAAGCUAGCACGCAUGGUCUGUCUAACUUCCGCUCUUCUGGGUACAGCCAAUCAGCACCAAGGUCAAUGAACGACACUCGUUGAUUGGCUGCCUUUUUAACACCAACCAAUAGCAUGUGAAGGAAUUUUGAUGAAAGCUGCAUUUUCUUUGUAAUAUUUCAAAUAUGGUCUCUGCAAAAAAGGAUAGAGAUCACCACUUUAGUUGAACCGUCUCAAAAAGUUACAAUUUGAGUAUUAAGUCAAUUUCUGAUCAGGCACGUUUUCUCUAAGAUGACUCCAAACGAGUCGAUGAGCCUUGUGUUUCAAAACGUUUUGGUUUGGAGCUUCCUGUGUUUGUUCUUGAACAUUAUAACAAUUUUUUUUUAAAUCAGAGAUUGACGGUUUGGGUCACAUGACGGAAACUUGGACAGAGGUGGGUCUUAAAACCGGACAAAUAUCCAAAACCUCCUUAUAUGUUCAAAAAAGCUUUUAAUUCAACCAGAUAUAUGGUUUUGAUCCUGUGAGGAUUAGAGAAAAUCCUCAAUAAAUUAAACUUCUGCAUCAACUUGUUGUUUAUAUGUUAAAGGUUAAAGUUAAUAUAACAUUCACAUUUAUGACGGUUGUAUGUAAACUUCUGGAACUGUAGUUGUUCUGAUUGUUUUUGAUCACUCUUGUAUAUUUCUUUUCAUUUUUUUCCCUGUUGUGCUUUGGGUUAUCUGUUAAACUAAAUAUUAAUACAUUGAGCUCUCAGUGCCUUCAGUUACGUUGCAUUUUAGCUCCUCAACUAUGAAUUCACAGUUUGAUACUGUUUGAUCUUGCGUGAUUUAACUACUUUUUUCCCACCUUCUAAGGCGAAGACUAAAUACUUAAUAAAACUCAAAACAAGGUUUUGCUUUUGCUGUGAUUAAAGAUUAAUUUUUGA